UGGCCUGUAGUGUUUGUGGUGGCAGUUGGCGCAGGCUCACCGGUCGUCAAGCGGGCAGCGUGCCCCUCGGUCGCAGCUCCCACAGUGUGGUGGCCCUCGAGGGCUACAAGGUGGCGGUGUUCGGAGGCGAGCACGAACCGCGGCACCCGAUCGACAACGCUGUGCACGUCCUCGACGUGGCCUCAGCUCACUGGGUCCGUCUUGAGACCUCGCCCGACCACCCCGCCCCCUCAGCCAGCUGCGGCAUCGGUUGGCAAUCGGUUCUACAUGUUCGGCGGGCGCACGGGCGUGGACCAGGAGGAGACGAGCCUGGGUGACAUGUGGGAGUUUGAUGCGGCCACCACGCGCUGGAGGCAGAUCGAGGCCGAGGGAGCUCCGGCCGCGCGCAGCUACCACGUGAUGGCCUCGCACGCCCAGCGCGUCUACGUGUUCGGCGGCUGCGCUGCCAGCGGCCGGCAGAACGAUCUGUUCGCAUUCGACACCGAGAAGCAGGCGUGGGAGAAGCUGGAGCACACCGGCACCGCCUCGGAACAGCCCUCAGUGCGAGGCGGCCCCGCCCUCUUCGCCACGGCCGACAAGGUCUACGUCUUCGGCGGCUUCAGCGGAAAGGAGAUGGACGACUUCUGGGCCUACGAUCUGAACGGACGCAAGUGGGAGGCCGUGCAGGCCCAGGGCGACCGCCCCACCGCGCGCAGCGUCGCCGCCUGCGCGGCGCUCGGUCACCACCUCUUCCUCUUCGGCGGCGAAGUCGAUCCCUCGAUUCACAUUCAAAUCACCGAACGAACGAACAACGCCCGGCCAGCGGCGCAAGGGCACGCGGGAGCGGGCGACUACAGCAACGAGACCUUCAUCUUCGACACCAACACGCUCACCUGGAUCAGGAAGGACGGCGCAAGCGAAGAGAUCCCCACGCCGCGAGGCUGGCUGGCAGGUGCGGGGCUGCAGGACGAGCAGUUCCUCCUGUUUGGCGGCUUCGACGGCAAGGAGCGCACGGGCGACCUCUUCCUCUACUCGAGUACCGCGCAACAGUGA